GAGGCGGGCCGGGCGGAAGAUGCGCGGCGUCGCGGCGGGCCGGAGCUGGGGAGGCUGGCCGUGUCCCCUCCAGCGCCGACAGUGAACUUUCCUGCUCCGCGCUCGGCGCUCCCCGGCCGCGCUGGGCGCUCGUGCGUCAGGACCCGUCUUCCGGCCCCGGCGCAGGGCCUCGCGGCCAUGGACGCCACGGCGCUGGAGCGGGACGCCCUGCAUUUCGCCCGGCUCGCGGUGCAGCGCGACCACGAAGGCCGCUACUCCGAGGCGGUGUUUUACUACAAGGAAGCAGCACAGGCCUUAAUUUAUGCUGAGAUGGCAGGAUCAAGCCUAGAACAUAUUCAAGAAAAAAUAAAUGAGUAUCUUGAAAGAGUUCAAGCUCUACAUUCUGCAGUUCAGUCAAAAAAUGCUGGUCCUUUGAAAUCAAAACAUCAAUUAGACUUAGAGCGUGCUCAUUUUCUUGUUACACAAGCUUUUGAUGAAGAUGAAAAACAGAAUGUUGAUGAAGCUAUAGAAUUGUAUACAGAAGCUGUGGAUCUCUGUCUGAAAACUUCUUCUGAAACUGCUGAUAAAACCCUGCAAAAUAAACUGAAACAGUUGGCUCGGCAGGCACUAGAUAGAGCAGAAGCAUUGAGUGAGCCUUUGACAAAACCAUUCUGCAAAGUAAAGUCAACAAAUACUAAACCAAAGCCACCUCCAGUGAAAACACAUUUUCCACUAGGAGCUAAUUCUUUCCCUGAAAAGCCUCAGCCAUUUAUAAGUCCGCAGUCAUGUGAUGCACAAGCACAGAGGUACACAGCAGAAGAGAUAGAGGUGCUCAGGACAACUUCAAAAAUAAAUGGUAUAGAAUAUGUUCCUUUCAUGAGUGUUGAUCUGAGGGAACGUUUUGCUUAUCCAAUGCCUUUCUGUGAUAGAUGGGGCAAGCUACCAUUAUCACCUAAACAAAAAACUACGUUUUCCAAGUGGGUACGACCAGAAGACCUCACCAACAAUCCUACAAUGAUAUAUACUGUGUCCAGUUUUAGCAUAAAGCAGACAAUCGUAUCAGAUUGUUCCUUUGUGGCAUCAUUGGCUAUCAGUGCAGCUUAUGAGAGACGGUUUAAUAAAAAGUUGAUUACCAGCAUAAUUUAUCCUCAGAAUAAGGAUGGUGAACCAGAGUACAAUCCGUGUGGAAAGUAUAUGGUAAAACUUCACCUCAAUGGUGUCCCAAGAAAGGUGAUAAUUGAUGACCAGUUGCCUGUUGAUCAUAAGGGAGAACUGCUGUGUUCUUAUUCCAACAAUAAAAGUGAAUUAUGGGUGUCUCUUAUAGAAAAGGCAUACAUGAAAGUGAUGGGAGGCUAUGAUUUCCCAGGAUCCAACUCGAAUAUUGAUCUGCAUGCAUUGACUGGCUGGAUACCAGAAAGGAUUGCUAUGCAUUCGGAUAGCCAAACUUUCAGUAAGGAUAAUUCUUUCAGAAUGCUUUAUCAACGAUUUCACAAAGGGGAUGUCCUCAUCACUGCGUCAACCGGAAUGAUGACCGAGGCUGAAGGAGAGAAGUGGGGCCUGGUCCCCACACACGCCUAUGCUGUGUUGGAUAUUAGAGAGUUCAAGGGGCUGCGAUUUAUCCAGUUGAAAAAUCCUUGGAGCCAUUUACGUUGGAAGGGGAGAUACAGUGAAAAUGAUGUAAAAAACUGGACUCCAGAGUUGCAAAAAUAUUUAAACUUUGAUCCCCGGACAGCUCAGAAAAUAGAUAAUGGAAUAUUUUGGAUUUCCUGGGAUGAUCUCUGCCAGUAUUAUGAUGUGAUUUAUUUGAGCUGGAAUCCAGGUCUUUUUAAAGAAUCGACAUGCAUUCCCAGUACUUGGGAUGCUAAGCAAGGACCUGUGAAAGAUGCCUAUAGCCUGGCCAACAACCCCCAGUACAAACUGGAGGUGCAGUGUCCACAAGGGGGCGCUGCAGUUUGGGUUUUGCUUAGUAGACACAUAACAGACAAGGAUGACUUUGCAAACAAUCGAGAAUUUAUCACAAUGGUUGUAUACAAGACUGAUGGGAAAAAAGUUUAUUACCCAGCUGACCCGCCUCCGUACAUUGAUGGAAUUCGAAUUAACAGCCCUCAUUACUUGACUAAGAUAAAGCUGACCACGCCUGGGACCCACACCUUUACAUUAGUGGUUUCUCAAUAUGAAAAACAGAACACAAUCCAUUACACAGUCCGGGUAUAUUCAGCAUGCAGCUUUACUUUUUCAAAGAUUCCUUCACCAUACACCUUAUCAAAACGGAUCAAUGGAAAGUGGAGUGGUCAGAGUGCUGGAGGAUGUGGAAAUUUCCAGGAGACUCACAGAAAUAACCCCAUCUAUCAAUUCCACAUAGAAAUAGGUGUGGAUUUUGCUACCUGGAAUUAGAAAACAUACCGGCUGGGAUCUUUAAUAUCAUUCCCAGUACUUUUUUGCCUAAACAAGAAGGACCUUUUUUCUUGGACUUUAAUAGCGUUAUCCCCAUCAAGACAACGCAACCUCAGUGACAGAAAUCUCAGCAAUAACUGGAUUUUGGACUUACCAAGCAUCAACUCUUCAAACGAGGACACAAUCUUUGGGAAGAUAAAUACAACAGAAUAGGAUUAAGUUUCAAAACGUGUUACAGUGGAAUCUGGUGCAAGAAGUGUAAGUAGUCGGAAUUACCUUUAUCACCUAAAAGUACUGUUUACAUGGUUUUGUGUACAUAGAGAGUUGGCCUGCAUUUAGGUGUAAAAUGUGUAUGAUUAAAAAUCAGACUUAGUCAUCACUGUGAGAUGCCUUUGCUCAGAGGACAAGGCUGAGAUCAGAUGAGGGAUGUAGACUCGCUGAACGGAAUGGCGGACUAUUUUAAUAUCCCUGAAAUAUUUAAUUAUGUUUCCCUUUUUUUAGAAAGCAUGUUGUUAAACCUGUUUGUGUUGACUCCUCUGUAUAUCUUGGGCAACUGAUUACCAAAUGAAUCAUGUCACUGUAAUUAAUGUUGCAUUAUUUAUGACUUUAAAUGUUUAUUGUUACCCAGAUGUUAUAAAAGAAUAAAGCUUUAAGAAGUACUAAUUAGCUUAGCAUGGAGAUGCUCAGGCUUAAGAAUGAAGGUCACUGAGGUUAGAACCUGUCUCCCACUGAAGCAUAAGAGAGAACUGAGGUAUAUUCACGGUUGCAGUUCUAUCAGGUUGAUGAAAGUAGUAAUCUGAGGUAAUGAAGACGUUACAAUUUAGUUUGUAUAGUCUUUUUAAAUUACUCUGUAGUUCAGUGCUCUUGUGGUAACAGCACUUUGAAGAAAUUGAAAAUUUAGUUUGUGGUGAUGGGGUUAUACAGCAUUCAGAGAAGGUGAGUUGCCAAGACCUCGUGUCUUGUAAAUUCCUAGCUGUUUACAUAAAAAUCCAUCCAAAUAGAAUGCUUGAGAUUCUAAAGGUCUGAAAAUUAAUAGGGUGAGAUUGUCUCUACUUUAUAAUUAUCAAAACCUCUUAUUUUGUAUUUCUGCUGCCUUUAAUUGAAAUAAAGUUUAUACUUAAGGAAA